UGAGUUCAUAAAUAUGUAUUCAAUCACUGUUAUUGAAAAAUGCUUUAUUAUGUUCCGUAGAUUUUACAAUAAAGGGAUUUUUAAUCUGCGAGUUGUAUUAAUUGAAUUAUCUAUUAUUAAUAGGUAGGAGGUCUUUCUCCAGAUACAAUGAACUCCGUUGAAUGUCAUCAUCCCAAAAUUGAUAAAUGGACACCUAUUGCAGACAUGUGUGUACGUCGCGCUGGAGCGGGUGUUGGAGUUUUAGAUGAUGUACUGUAUGCUGUAGGCGGUAGUGAAGGAUUAACCGUUCACAGAAGUGUUGAAGCAUACACACCAAGUACAUGCGUUUGGUCUUCUAUUCCGGACAUGCAUUUGUGUCGAUAUAGUGCAGGAGUAGCGGUAUUAGAUGGUUUAUUGUAUGUUGUCGGUGGUAUCAACGAAAAGUCUGUUCUGGAUUCUGUAGAAUAUUACAACCCAAAAACUAAUACCUGGACCAUGGUCACAGCGUCAAUGAAUAUUCCAAGGAGUUUUGCAGGAGCUGUAGCCAUUGAUGUGCCACAAUAUUUUAAAGAAUUUUAGCAUUCGUGCAUUUCGUUUUUUUUUAUUUAAUUUAUUACUUCUUUCUCAUAUUGUUUAUUAAUAAGUUUAUUAUUUUUCUAUUUAUUUUAUAAUGUUUGAAUGUUUUAUUAAAUGGUUUUUUGUAUCUACACUAUAAAUUGAUAGCCAAUGAUAAGCCACCGUAACUCGAUGGCUAAAAGGCUAAAAUGGCUAAAAGUUGUAUGUUGUUAUGGACGUCUCUACAACCGAGUUUGUUCGUUAGUAAAUAAAUACGAUGUGUUUGAGUUAUCACUAA